AUGGAAGUGGCCAACCAGUCUGUGGUGGCAGAGUUUGUCUUGCUGGGUCUGUCAGAUCAGCCAAGACUUGAGAAAACUUUCUUUGUGCUGAUCUUGUUGACAUACCUGGUGAUUCUCCUGGGGAAUGGGGUCCUCAUCAUUGUGACAGUGUUUGACUCCCGCCUGCACACACCAAUGUACUUCUUUCUGGGGAACCUCUCCUUCCUGGACAUCUGCUACACCACCUCUUCCAUACCUUUAGUCCUUGACGGUUUCCUGACCCCCAGGAAAACGAUCUCUUUCUCAGGUUGUGCAGUGCAGAUGUUUCUCUCCUUUGCCAUGGGAGCCACAGAGUGUGUCCUUCUGGGCAUGAUGGCAUUUGACCGCUACGUGGCCAUCUGCAACCCCCUCAGGUACCCUGUGAUCAUGAGCAAGGCUGCCUAUGUGCCCAUGGCUGCUGGAUCCUGGUUAGCUGGUGGAAUCAACUCCUUGGUGCAGAUUUCCCUUGCGGUACAACUACCUUUUUGUGGGGACAAUGUCAUCAACCACUUCACCUGUGAGAUCCUGGCAGUUCUCAAGUUGGCCUGUGCGGACAUCUCCAUCAACGUGAUCAGCAUGGGGAUAGCCAACGUAAUCUUCCUGGGGGUCCCUGUCCUGUUCAUCUUUGUCUCCUACAUCUUCAUCCUUACCACCAUCCUGAGAAUCCCCUCAGCUGAGGGGAGAAGAAAAGCCUUCUCUACCUGUUCUGCCCACCUAACUGUGGUCCUCAUUUUCUAUGGGACUAUUCUUUUCAUGUAUGCAAAGCCCAAAUCAAAAGACCCCCUGGGAGCAGACAAACAGGAUGUUUCAGACAAGCUUAUCUCUCUCUUUUAUGGGGUGCUAACUCCCAUGCUAAAUCCCAUCAUUUACAGCCUCCGAAACAAAGAUGUCAAAGUUGCUGUGAAGAACCUACUAAAUCAGAAAUGCUUCACCUAG